AAGUCCCCAAAACGAUGUCUGAAAAAUACCGUGCACACCAUAAUAUUAGCUCCAGACUUUCAGCUAAGUACAAUAAGCAAAAAAAUGGCGUUCAUCCCAGUGCUUUGGAACCGCUUCAAUCAAAUGCAGCCUGAUUCUGAUGACAUGUUCCACUUUAUGGACGACUGGGAGCCUAUGUCCGUAGGCUUGGGAUAUGGCCGCCCCCUGACGAGUAGAAGACGCAGACCUGAGACUUCACUGGCGGAUAGAAAGUGGACCUACAGCGUGAAGAUUGGAGACUUCGAUGCACAGCAUGUCAAAGUGAAAGUUGAGGACGGUAAAGUACUUGUUCAUGCUAAGUACACAGAUGGUAAUAAUGAAUGGGGAGAUACUGUUGAACGAAAGCGGACAGUCAAGGUUCCCGAGAAUGUUGAUGCUGAAAAAAUUCACAGCUUCAUGAGAUCAGAUGGAACUCUGGUAUUGGAAGCCCCGUACCAUCAUCCAGAGGAGAGACAACUCCAAGUUGUCACAGUACCACAUGCAGGUGGUGCAUUAGUGUCAAGUGAUAGUCACAGCAACUUGAUGAAAUUCAGUGUUGAAAAUUUUCGACCAGAGGAGGUUAAAGUAUCUUGCAAAGAUGGAAUGUUGACAGCCCAAGGAGAACGAAAGAGGUCUGAAGAUGGUCUUGAAGUUCGUGAGUCGUUCUGGCGUCAGAUGACAGUUCCAAGGUCUGUGGAUGGAAAGAACAUUGAAUGCUUUAGAGAUGACGAAGGGAAUCUUACUAUCCGUGCACCAAUGGCUGAAGAUGUUGAAAUGGAACAAGCCAAAAAGUAAAUUCAGAUUGACUCUCAGUUUUACUUCUAUUUUGUCAUCUUCACAAUUCCAGGCUGAAGACUGGAAAUUGGAACUUAUACAUACUCUAAAUGUCAAUAUCAUUGUUUUUGAAAGGCAAAUAUGAAAACAUAGCAUAAUUUCUUGUUUGUACAAUUAUGAUAUAACUAUCAAAUCAUUCAAUUUUGUAUACAUUUAGUUUGCUUCAAAAAAGAGGAUUGAUUAUUAUUCUAUAUGAUAAUUUAGCUUUUUAACGUUAUUUGAAGCUAAUGAUGCAGAAAUCACAAUUCGCUUGUUUGACAAUCAUGUUAUAUAUAUAAUUGACUAAUUUGUUUAAUGUUGCAUAAUUUUUAGUUCACUUUAAAAAAGAGAACAAAUAUGAUAUUUUGUAUUUUUGUUGUUGUCAGUGAUAGACAUUAAAUAAUCGAAACAAUA